AUGGUUCAAGCAGCCAUUCGCUCGCGGAUUUCGGAUUUCUCGCGAGACAGGAGGUUCCUGGUAUUACCCAAGGUGAUCGCAAAUCUACCUACAACAUCAAUCAAUACGGAGCGGUGGGUUUUACCAAAGGGGAUUGAGCUUGCGGAUCCAGCAUUUUCACGUCUAAGGGAAGUCGACAUCGUGUUAGGUAUCGAGGCCUUCUUUGAAUUCUUCAAGUCAGGACGAAGGAUCACAAUCGGUAAAAACUUACCAAGCCUUACGGACUCAGUGUUUGGCUGGGUAGUUUGUGGUGGGUGCUCAAUUCCUAGCGAAUCCCUUCAAAUCAACUGCCACUUCUCAACAUCCAAGGAUCUGGAAAAGUUGAUGGCGCGAUUCUGGUCCUGCGAGGAGGUGGAAUUUUCGGAUACCUGUUCGCUAGAGGAGAAGAAGUGUGAAGAAAUUUUCCAGCGUGGAGUUCAGAGAAAUACAGAGGGUCGUUACAUUGUUCCAUUACCUAAAAACGAGGACGUUCUUCCAAACCUGGGCGAGUCUAAGGAUAUCGCAUUCCGACGUCUUCUUGGCACGGAAAGAAGACUGGCGAGGGACGCUCACUUGCGGGAGCAAUACAUUGCCUUCAUGGACGACUACCUGAAAUUGGGACACAUGCGCAAGGUUGAGGAAGCUACAGAGGACAAGAUUAAAAGAUGUUUUCUACCGCAUCAUCCGGUGGUCAAGGAGGCCAGUACCACCACCAAGGUCAGGGUGGUCUUCGAUGCUUCUUGCAAAACGUCAUCUGGAGUGUCCUUAAAUGAUGUACUUCUGGUAGGGCCAGUUGUACAGGAGGAUUUGAGAUCAAUUAUUCUUCGCAGCCGAACAAAGCAGGUGCUCCUCGUGUCGGACGUGGAGAAGUUGUUUCGGCAGAUCCUCGUUCUGCCAACGAAUCGGCCAUUCCAAUCUAUACUAUUCCGGUUUGCUCCGGAGGAGGAAGUUGCAGUGUACGAACUCAACACCGUUACAUACGGAACCAAACCCGAACCCUUCAACAGUUGGCUGCUGACGAAGCCGAUCGUUUACCGCUCGCGGCAAGAGCCAUUCGUGGAGACGUUUAUAUGA